AUGGCAGCCAUACCGAGUAGUUCGCAGACACGACCUCCGCCCGUCAACACCUUGAGUCACCGGGAUAGAGGUCUGAGGAAAGUCAUCGGCGGUUCUGCUGAGGCCUCGUCGUCCUCUUCGUUCAACGUCGCGCAUACGCUUACGGCCUGUACGCGAUGUCGGCAGAGGAAAACACGAUGCGACCCCGGCCUCCCUCGCUGCGGCCCUUGCGAGCGCACGAACUCGACCUGUGAGUACUACGAUUCGAACAAAGGCGCGAACGUCAACAGGAGCUACGUAGUAUGGCUCCAACACCGCGUGCGCGACGUGGAAGAAGAGCUGGCGCGGGUAGAGAACGAGGACAGCGCGGAAGACCCAGAGGCUAUGAUGCGCGCGGCGACAGUACGGGUGCAUGAAGCGAAAGAGUCCAAAUUCUUGGGCCCGUCGAGUGGGAUUGCGAUCACGCGGCUGGUCAUGCAGCUGGCGAAGCAGUUUACGGACUCGAGAAGUAUUAAAGAGAUCGUGCCGGAGCAUCGGGCCAGGCAGAUCAGGGAGAUAUACCACCAGGAGCAGGGCAAGCCUACGUCGAAGAUCUAUCCUCUGAUCAGCGACGUUGCGGCCGUGGACUUGCCGAAUCGUCCGUUGACAGAUCUGCUGGUGCAGUUGUAUAAGCUGAAGGUGCAGCCGAUGUAUCCAGCACUGCACGAGCCGUCACUGGACAAGGACGUGGAUGCGGUGUAUAACCUCGGAGCACAAGCGACGCCUUACCAGCAAUUCGUGGUAAGGAUGGUCAUUGCAAUCAGUCUGCAGAAGAUGGAUACGCAGUAUGCUGGGCUGGCGGACAGCUAUUAUCUCGCGGCGCUGAAGCAUUUGGAGCCCGUGGUGAAGCCGAUGGAUCUCAAGACGCUGCAGUGCUUCGCGCUGAUGGCGGAGUACUCGCUACUGACACCUACAAGGACGGCGAUAUACUACGUAGUGGGAAUUGCAGUCCGGCUGGCGCAGGCACUGGGCUUCAACGAGGAGAAGACUAUCACGAGGUGUCGAGCGGAUGGCCGAGUGGAUCAUCUGGAGAUUGACAUGCGGCGGCGGCUGUUCUGGUGUAUCAUCGUCAUGGAGUUUGGCCUUUCGCACUCUCUUGGACGACCUGCGAUGCUUGCGACGAGUCAGGAUCAUAUCGAUGUUGGGUGGUUCGAGACGUGCGACGACAAACACAUCACACCUGAAGGCGUUGAUCCUACGGCUCAAAGACCUGUGCUGAAGAAGUGGGUGGCCAUUCACUUCUUCAAGAUGCGGUUGCUACAGCUCGAAAUCCGACGGAAACUCUACCUUCGCAAACGCCCCGAGCCCAGGAGCGACAAGGACGCCUGGUUCAUCCAAAUGGACGCCAAACUCUGCGCAUGGAGGGACGCAGCACCUUCAGCAGACGAAGGCUUCGGACUGAACAAGGUAUGGUUCAUAGGAAGAUACAACACCAUGGUGGUGUUCUUGUACCGUCCGUCGCCGCAAGUCCCUCGGCCUUCACUGGACGCUGCGAUGAAAUGCUUCGAUGCUUGCGAGUACAAUAUCCACACUCAACGGGAGCAGAUUGCGAAGAAGACAAUUGACUUGACGUGGAUCUUCACGCAGUCGAUUUUCAUGGCGAUCAAUACUAUGCUCUGGUCGCUGAGCUACGAGGAGGUGCGACGGAAGCACAAGCGAGAGGCCGUGGAGAAGCAUCUCGAGGUCGCCAUGGACGCUAUCCAGCUUGCGUCUGAUCGCUGGCCUGGUGUCGCCUCUGCGGUGCAAUUGUAUCAGAACCUCAUCGCCGCCAUUAUGAAGGUCUACGACAAAGACGGAGAUGUGCCGAUAUCAGCGGCUUCUCCUUCUGAGGUCGCCAAUUCCCCUGGGGCGGUUUUCCAGGAUCCUUUCAGCAGGUCGCAAGGCACGAGUCCGGCGACGGUAGCUAGUAGUUCCGUUGCCACGCCGCCGGAUCGUCAUGCGCCGCCUUUCGGGUAUUUGCAGCAGCAGUCGAGUAGGAGGAAUGUCGAGCAGCAGCAACCGCAGAUGCAGUAUUCGAACGGGUACAACGCUGCCGCGGGUCCGUCCAACUAUGCGAGACAAACACCGCCGGUUGCAUCUUCAUCCACCUUUCAUACUGGUGCUCAGCAUGGCGGCGUGCCAGAUAUGUCUGGAUACCAACAACAGCAACAGCCCGUCCAACAACAGCCACCACAACAGCAACAGCAGAUCCCAAAGUACUACGACCCCUACAUCCAAUACAACGCCCUCCCCGCCUUCACCCCCGACCUCACCAUCCCCGGCUGGACAGCCGCCGGCCCACAACAACCGCACUUCGCCCCCGCCGGCCCUUCGAAUAACAUGCAACAAUACGCUUACCCCAACAACCCCUACGCCGUCUUCGACCCGAAUAACCCCGCCUACCCCUUCCCCGGCACGUUGGACCAAGCAGCUGGCGGUGGUGGCGGUGGUCUUGGACAGCAGCAAGAGUACUGGGGAAUGGACACGGGAGAAUUCGGCACUGGCUUGAACCAGGUGCAGCAGGAGGAGCUGAUGCACGAUCUCGAGACGGUGGGGAUGGAGGACAUUCAGAGUAUGAUCACGGCGACGGUGGCGGCUAUUACUCCUAAGGCGCCGCAGCCUCCGGGGUUUGGCUGA